UGCGCGCAUCGUAAGCAAGCGGAGCGCGCGCUUGCGAACAUAUCUGACAGACAUCCACAUGACAACUCCUUCCACCUCGCCGCGGGCUGAAGGCCCACCCGACAGCAAAAUGGCUUCAGGCUGCAAUUACAGAGGCAGGCGCCACGUGCCCGCUGAAGGCAGCGUGAUGUGGCAUACGGGCAUCAAUGACUUACCAGACGAACUGCUGCUAAUGAUCUUGUCCCACGUGGCUUUCACCGAUCUACUGGAUGUGGUACCGAACGUGUGCCGUCGUUGGAAAAAGCUGUCUCAAGAUUCCAAGUUGUGGGCUGACAGGGAAUUCAAUAUUGGGGCCCUGUGGCAGUGCUACCUGGAUGACCGUAAGGGUGGUGGGAACGAGCAGGAAGCAAUAGAAAUCUUCCGAAACAUCCCGAACCUGUGUAUAGUGCGCAUGUGGUUCAAUGUCAACCCCCUCAUCAUCCAGGAGCUCUGCGAUCACUGCCCGAGGCUCGCGGAGUUGCACCUCCAUCCCAGUCAGAAGCUCACCUACUCGUUGCAGGUACUGAAGACCUUGGUGGAGAAGUGCACCAGAAUACACACACUGACGGCUCCCUACAAACUGCUGAAGUCUGAAAGGUGCUCGGAGGCCCUGUCGCAGCUGCACAACCUCCGUGUGCUGAAUCUGGAACCGGAAUACAAGGAAUUCGAUCGUAGCUCUACCCAGGAACCUUGUUUGGUGCGACCUCUGGUCAACGGAUGCCCGCAACUAGCCGAGGUCGACUUUGGGUUUACGUAUAUCAAUAUGGAAGACCUGAGGUACUUUCUGAGAGCCAAGAGGAACACCCUCAGGUCGAUAUGCAUAAAGUGGGCGAUGGGUUGGACGAGCUGUGUCCCACCGUUGCUGGAGGCCUGCACCGAGUUGGAACGUCUGGAACUCUGCGAGGAUGACGACUUUGAGAUUGUCCACAGUAUACCGAGAGAGGCGUUCACUGCCCUGGGAAAGCUGAAGAACUUGCAGGAACUCAGGAUAUCGAUCCCUAUUCGACUACCGCCUGGAGUUGCUCCUCUGGCAUUUAAAUUGGACGUGACAGAUUGCAGAACACUCGGCGGGGCCCUGUUCCCCUACCUCGUCGGGCUGCCGCGACUUCACACGCUUCGAAUGGAAAAUAUGGCUUUUGCGAGGCUGCAACCGGGUGUGAGCAGCAUCCUCGAAUUGUCAGGUGUGCGCUGCCUGACAUUCGAUUAUUCCGUUGUCGCUGGAGUGCCGUUUGAAAAGUUUCCAGAAAAGCUCGUCAAUCUCAGGGAGCUGGGAGUCAAAGAGUGUCAAGGUGACCCGAAGGCCGAAGAAGGGCUGGCCAAGCAGAUGCCCGGUCUUAAAAUCCACGGCUUCAUUCGACCUUUGUAACCGGCUUUCUACGUGUCCGAUAACGAGAGUGGUGCAGAACUUGAAGAGGAGGAGAAUGUGUUGCUUCGCAGUGCAGAGGAAGCAGUGGAUGACUGGAGAGUUGCAAUGAUAGUUAAAGAUAACGAUGUCUAGGAUUAAAGCAGUAUAUCUGUUCUCUUUCUAGAGAAUAUAUAAAACUGAUAUGAUAUUUAUAGGGAACUAAUUUUAAAUACUGAUUGCAUCUCAGCUGGAAUAUUGUAACUGGGCCAAAAUUUAAUACUUCUCAACUUUUGUUACUAGACUGUGUGUCGUAGUGGACUGCUGCAGGCUGUCAGGUCAAAAAUAUUUAUUUUGGGUGUAACGUCACAUUAACAUUGGUGGAAACUGUUUUGAAACAGGGUAAUUACAAGUAAUUGUGGAAGUGUGUAGAAAGAACAUAAAUUAUUUACAGUAAUAUUAGGAAAAGGAUAGUGUGCAACUCAGUGGGUCAUCUUUACACUGAUUAGCAGACAAGUACAACGAAUAGACUGUUAUACAUUCUAGCUUCUGGCCGUGUUUGCUUGUGCGAACGUACGCGUAUUUUCUUUGCCGAAGGAGGCUCUGACAGAAAGCGGUAAUGUGUAACAGUCUUUUAGUUGUGCCUGACUGCCAAUCCUUUUCUUAAAAUUGUUGAUAUUCCAGCCUGAAGUUUCCAUUGUUUAACCAUCUGCAAUAGUGUUUGAAUUCUGGCUUUAACGAUCUGCAAUGACGCUCGGUUUCUCGUCGUAAUGACAGUGGAUUUGAAACAACUUUUUCUUUACGAGAUAAAGUGGCAAGACUGAUGAGGUAGCCAUUCUUAAAUAUCACUGGCUGGACUAGCAUGUAUUAUUGUGUACAGUAAUUAAUUUAAAAUAGUUAUGAAAUAUUUGUUAUCUGUUUAUCCAAAAAAAAUUUUCUUGCUUAUUUAUUCACUUUUUAUUUGUAUUAUGUGCAAGUUUCAUCAAAAUAAAUGUUCUC